CAGCUCAGGUCUGAGGAUUUUGGCGCCGCGCGUAGGGCGGGGAGUUUCCGCGUGACGAAGGCUGCGCCCUCCAAGCGACCGUGGCCUGCCGGGGUAUAUAACUGCCUGGGAUGCGCCGCGGCCGCCCAAUCGUGCGUGAGGCUCAGCGCAGCGCUGGGUUUUGGCAACACAAGAAUCAGAUGUUUCAGACAAUAGAUAUUUACAAUUUCUUCUUGUGAACGACAAAUCUCAUUAUGGAGGUGUGAGCCCCUUAAAAGGGACUUCAGUCUGAAAUCUGGGAGGUAGUUUUGUGCACAAAUAAAGAAACUAAAAUUUAAAAUAUAUUUCUGUAAGUGCUUUGCUUUAUGAACAUGGCCUACAAAGAUCUUUUAAUUAAUCUAUACAAGAUAUUAGAAUAUUCCAGUAUGUGUAUUAAAUGUUAUAAGAGUGCAGCUGUACCCAUGCAACCUGGUUAAGUUGACGCCUAGUACUAUACGAUAGUGUCAUGGAAGGAAAUAACUUGGGGCUGUUCCACGUCUGUGGAACAUGGUGGUGUCAGCUGGUAUGGGCAAGAAUAAUUUUUGCCUGAGUUAGAUUGCCUCUAUGUAAGGCAGUUGAGUAUAACCUUUAAUUUUUUUUGUCUUGUGUGAAAAUUGUUGAAACAAUUGGUUUUUUGUUUAGCAGUCUAAUACUUUAGAAAUCUUGGGAUUUGUUCUAAAUGUCUCAGGUUAGAAUUUCAACAUAAGUAUGCAACACUCUUAUCAAUCUUUACAGAUAUAUGAAUAAUUUGGAAUAUGAUAGUAAGAUGCAGUGUCUUCAGUUUUACCAUUUUAGUUUCUUUAUUGGGGUGGAUUUUGAUCACCCUUCCAUAUUUUUUUCUUUACUGCAUCCCAAAUCUCAUCUGCACCAGAGUGUCACUGACACUUUUCAUCUCAAAGGGAAAAUGACAUGUGAUGACAGUCUGAUAUACUUGCUGUGAUUUGAGGGUGUGUAACUCUUCUUUUAAACAAUUGUGCAGUUGAAAAUUAGGAAUUCCCAGUUAGAACACUUAAGAAUCAACUAAUUCCUUUAACAUCUGUGCUCAGUGUUAUAAAACAAAAUGUUUCACUUUCAGGUCCUCACUUUUAUAUGGCCUGGGAAUUAUUCAAAAUCACCUCCAUGCACAAAACUACCUCCCAGAGAAAGACUUGUCCCAUUCUUCCAUAAUAUUUCAUUAUGAACAUAGUGGAAAGCAGCUCAUUCCUGGCUAGUCUGAUGAAUAACAGCACUGUGUGUGAAUUGAAGUAUGAGCUGUCAUGUGAACUCUACAGAAUGUCCACAUUUUCUACUUUCCCUGUCAAUGUUCCAGUUUCUGAAAGGAGUCUUGCCCGGGCUGGGUUUUAUUACACGGGUGUGAAAGAUAAAGUUAAAUGCUUCAGUUGUGGCUUGAUGUUGGAUAACUGGAAACAAGGCGACAAUGCUAUGGAAAAACAUAAACAGCUCUAUCCUAGCUGCAGCUAUAUUCAGAAUUUGACUUCAGUUAGUAAUCUUGGAUCAUCCUCAUAUUCAGCCUUUUCACCUCCAGCUACAAUCAACAGUCUUUCACCAUCUUUGCAUUCAAUAACCAUGACUCCAAGCUUAGAACAAUUUGGUUAUUACAGUACUCAUUUCUCUAGUUUUCCUCAAGAACCACUAACUUCUGGGGCAGCGGAGGACCCAUUGCACCUGAGAGUUAACUUUUAUAAUCCCGGAAUGAGCGCAGAAGCUGCUAGACUACGUACUUUUCACACGUGGCCCCUGACAUUUUUAUCACCAACAGAUCUAGCAAAAGCUGGCUUUUACUACAUUGGGCCAGCAGACAAAGUUGCUUGCUUUACUUGUGGGGGGCAACUAAGUAAUUGGGAACCAAAGGAUAAUGCCAUGGCAGAGCAUCGGAGAUACUUUCCUAAUUGCCCUUUCGUGGAAAAUCAAACGAGAGAUCAACAAACAUACAGCAUUUCUAACCAGAGCAUGCAAACUUGUGUGGCUCGUGUUAAAACAUUCAUGAACUGGCCAACAAGAAUUCCAGUUCGCCCUGAACAGCUUGCAGCAGCUGGGUUUUAUUAUGUAGGUCGUAAUGAUGAUGUCAAAUGUUUUUGCUGUGAUGGAGGAUUAAGGUGUUGGGAGUCUGGAGAUGAUCCAUGGAUUGAGCAUGCAAAAUGGUUUCCAAGAUGUGAGUAUCUACUGGGAAUAAAAGGGCGAGAAUUUGUCAAUCAAAUUCAGGCAAGAUUCCCCCAUCUCCUUGAACAGCUUUUGUCAACUUCAGAUACUCCUGUGGACGAAAGUGCUGAUCCAUCAAAUCUUCAUUCUGGAUCUGGAGACAGCCAUUCAGAAGAUGCAAUCAUGAUGAACACCCCAGUGGUUAAAGCUGCCUUGGAGAUGGGAUUUAGUAGAAGACUAAUAAAGCAGACUGUUCAGAGUAAAAUCUUAGCAACUGAGGAAAAUUACAAGACAAUUAAUGAACUGGUGUCUGAUCUGCUUACUGCAGAAGAUGAAAAGAGGGAAGAGGAGAAGGAAAGACAGUCUGAAGAAGUAGCAUCAGAUGACCUGUCCUUAAUCCGUAAGAAUCGACUGGCUUUGUUUCAGCGUUUGACAUGUGUGCUUCCUGUCCUAGAGAGUUUACUAUCAGCCAAAGUGAUUUCUGAACUUGAACAUGAUGUUAUUAAACAAAAAACCCAAACUCCAUUGCAAGCAAGGGAACUGAUUGAUACAAUUUUAGUGAAAGGAAAUGAAGCAGCGCUCAUAUUCCGAAACUGCCUGCGAGAGUGCGAUCCUAUAUUAUACAAAGAUUUAUUUGUUGAAAAGAACAUUAAGUAUGUCCCUACAGAAGACACAUUAGGGUUACCCAUAGAAGAACAAUUGAGAAGAUUACAGGAGGAAAGAACCUGUAAAGUUUGCAUGGACAAAGAAGUUUCUAUUGUAUUUAUUCCAUGUGGUCAUCUAGUGGUGUGCAAAGAAUGUGCUCCUUCCCUUAGAAAAUGCCCUAUUUGCAGGGGGACAAUAAAGGGUACAGUUCGUACAUUUCUUUCAUGAGGAGAGAAAUUUACAAGAGGCAUCCGUGCAUCCUAGCAGUGCUCAAGGCUAACCCAGUCAGAUGUUAAGAAUGGAAAACUAGUGAAGAAGAUGAUAAAUCGCUGUUAUCCCACAGUCACAUGAAGUAAACUGAGGAGCAGAUGAAGGCUUAUGCUGCUAAAGAUUUUUUUUUUUUUUGUGAAACCCAUGUAAUUAUACAAAAUUGACAGACUUAUUACUUUUUGGUGAAGAACCUGUUUCAGAACCUCUUGGUGAAUGAGGAAGCGAUCCUAUAAACAUGGCUUUAUCCUAACUUAAGAAAUUAUUUACUAGUGCAACAUUUAGUCCUAAUAUAAAGCUACCUUAACAUUUUCACAAGACUUACCUAGAGAUGACCCUUGAAUGAUACUUUAAGACUAUAGUCCUCUACUUGAGCUCUUUUGUUGGUAGUUCUUAAAGAAUACAACUUUAUAAAGUCUGUUCAGUAAAUGUGUAUACUAUUUAAUUAUAUGAAAACAGCAUUAAAAUGUGUUCAA